UCCGGCCCUUCAGGCCGACAUGGCAUCUCUCUGGAGACAGCUGUUGUUUGUUAGGCGAGGCGAGGCGAGGCAAGGCGAGGUCGGGGCACUAAGCAGCACGGAGUGUGGCUGACUGUGCCUGAGCACUGAGGAGUGCCAGUUCUGGUAUUUUAGGCAGUCAGACAGUGUCACCUGUCAGCAGACUAGUCUGGACAGAGUCUCCCACAUGGUGCAAGACUAAGCAACACAACGAUAUCUCCCUCUUGAGGCCUUGUCAGUGGGCCAGCAGUGUGUGCUGAACAGCCACAAAGUGCAGAUAGCCUCAUACAGACUGGCCUGAACUGACUUCAGGGGGUAACACUGGGACGUUGUGCGGUUGAUGUUUCAGAGUUCUUGGAGCCUGAGAUGGGCCAAAACAACAGCGAGGCUCAGUCUCACACCCUGACCACGUUCCUACAGGACCUUUCUUCCCUUGUUGACCAUGACGAUGUGUUUCCUGCCCUGAGAAACAACGUUGCCAAGGAAGGAGAACUUCAACCCAAGAACAACAUAACCAAAGCGAUGGCAGCCUGCGACUCCAGCGCUGACGACAACCAGCUGUCCGAUGCACCGUGGUACUGGGGCAACAUCUCGAGAGAGGAAGUAAACGAAAUGAUGAGAAACACCCCUGAUGGCACAUUCCUGGUCCGAGAUGCUUCAAGUCGUGUUAAAGGGGAAUACACCCUCACACUGAGAAAAGAUGGUUCCAACAGACUGAUAAAGAUUUUCCAUCAUGGGGGUAAAUAUGGCUUCUCUGAGCCCCUGGCCUUCUCCUCUGUGGUGGACCUGAUCCAGUAUUACCAGAACAAGUCACUGGCCCAGUACAACUCCAAACUGGACACACGGCUACUCUACCCCAUAUCCAGAUACCAGCAGCAGCAGGUUGAGAUGGAAGUUGACAUUGAUGCGGUUGGAGAACAGCUGAGGAUAUUUCAGGAUCAAUACAAAGAGAAGAGCAAAGAGUAUGACCGUCUGUUUGAGGAGUUUAACAACACCUCCCAGGACCUGCAGAGCAAGCGGACGGCCAUCGAGGCCUUCAGUGAAAUCAUUCGGAUCUUUGAGGAGGAGUGUGAAACUCAAGAACGCUACAGCAAGGAAUACAUCAACAUGUUCCUCACAUUGGACCACAGCACAGAGACAGACAAGAUUCAAAGCAACUCUGAUGAGCUACAGUUGAGGGUGGAGGAGAUCCACAACAGCAAGAAGAAGUUGGAGGAAGAGCUAAGAAAGAAGGCGCUGGCUCACAAGGAGGUCGACAGGAAAAUGAACAGCCUGAAGCCCGACCUGGUACAGCUCAGGAAGAUCAGAGAUCAAUACCUGCUCUGGCUCACCCAGCAAGGCACUAGGCAGAGCCAGAUUAAUGACUGGCUGGGUAUCAGGAAUGAAGAAGAAGACCCAUACACCCUGGCAGAUGAUACACAUCAAGAGGAGAGGAGCUGGUAUGUUGGUGGUAUGAGACGAAAGGAGGCAGAGGAACUGCUGAGGGGGAGGAGGGACGGGACCUUCCUCAUCAGAGACAGUCAGACUCAGAGAGGCUCCUUUGCCUGCUCUGUUGUUGUGGACGGGGAGGUGAAGCACUGUGUGAUCUACAGGACGUCCACGGGGUACGGCUUUGCUGAGCCAUACAACCUGUACUCAUCGCUGAGAGAGCUGGUCCUCCACUACCGACACACGUCCCUGAUCCAGCACAACCAGCAGCUGAAUGUAACUCUGGCCUGGCCCGCUCUCAGCCAGCAGCCCAGCUGAGACACACCAGCACGCCAACCUGAUGGCGCUUACCCAAAGCUUCACUGUAUCAGCACCGAGGACGCACCAAUAUGGACACUGUUACCAGGCUCUGACAGAGUACCGGUUAGUGCUGUCACCAUACGAGAAUUUUCACAAACAGCUUCAGUGCUAAGAUUUGAAUAUGUAAUAAUCCUGCGUUGGUAUGAUGUCACGGAAAACAAAAAACACAUCACUGAAACACUUUGCUAAGUUACUUAAAGCAGAUUUUGAGCCAUUUUCCACAGUAGUUUUAAGGUUCAUUAGGUCAUUGCUAGCUUUGUUUUUAGCUCCUGGUAUCAGUUUGCCAACUAAUUCAGGUGAACAGAGAUGCCGUUUGGAGUCCCAGGGAUUGUUUCAGAAAGACAGACUGCAGCUCUGUUCUAAUCCAUUUUCGUUUUUAAAACUAUUAUUUCUAUUGUUAAAAAUCCCAUUUAUUUGCCAUCUGCACAUACAGCUUGCAAAGUACAGCUGGGAUUAAGUACUUAGCAUUUACAGGAUUCAAGACUGAAUUAAAUAUUUUGCAGUAACUUACUGAGGUUUUAAUUUUAUUAUUUUUUUGUUUUGUUUUUAAUUUUUACUGAGGUAGUAAUGAAAAAAAAUGCCUCAUUGCAACAACAUUAAUUCUGGUAUCAGCAAAUUUCCCAAAUCUGUGCUGGUAUUAAACUUGCAACACUUUGGACAGUGAUUUAUGAAGACAAUAUCAGGGUACAAGUAUCUAACUCUCAGAAUACUAAUACAAAAGUAAUCACUUUUCUAACAAACACAAUCAAAGCAGACAUGGAAUAUUUCUCUAGUGCAGAGAUACUGAUGGAAGUUAUCCACUAAUCCACACUAGAUGUUAAUUUUAAUCUUUAAUGUUAGUUGUUUUGUUUUUUUUUCCUGAAAGGCAAGCACAAGAAAUCAUAAAUAUUUAAGAAGUUAUAUAUUAAGUUUCAUGCAGUCCCUGUCUCUAGAUUUGGCCACUCUUGCCUUAUACCGUACCUCAAACAUUUCUAAAAUAUUUCUGUCCAACAACUCAAACUCAUGCUCUUUAUUAUGCUGUAUUGGCAUGUUGAGUGCUCUGAGCAAAAUUCACUUUUUAAGCUUUGAGAGAGGUGGAUUUGUUGUGUUCCUCCAUAUACUUAGCCAGCACAUGUACAGUAUGAGUAAUGUAGAAAAAAUGAGGAGACAAACAGCACUUUAUCCAAAACAUGACAACUACAAAACACACAAGCACAGAGAUCGGAGCUGGAGAUUCAUAAUAAUGAUUUCACAUAUUGCAUAAUAACACAUUAUAAAUAAGAAAAGAUACAUAGGAAUUGAUGGAUUCUAUGUUUGAGUUUUAUUCAUGCUUUACAUACACUACAGCAUCUUUUAAAAUAUUCUGAAGGCAAAUUUGUUUUAUAUUUUUAGUUUAUAGAAAACUGUGACAAUCAAGGUAAAGUUUUGACACUCUAUGUGUUGCUUUAAGCUCACUCAUUAAUACUUCAAAGUUUUAAGGCACAAGCAAACACUGACAGACACAUCUGUGAGUUGUGUACAAGCAAAUUUUGGAAAAUCAAUCCCCCAUGAAAAAAGCAGUUUCUUAGGUGUAUGCGAGGUUUUAAAUCUGGUUUCUCCGUGGUUCUCUGAAGAGUUAUGGUUAGAGUCAGUGAUCUCAGAGCUUUGAUAAGUGGUCUGGAGAUGGAUGUAGAGUGAUAAUAUACUGUACAGGACUAAUAGGUUUCCAGUUCUGUAGGAUAUGGUUGAAAAGUGCCUUUCAAUGCUUCUGUUCCAGCCACCAUAUUCCUCUUAUAGACAACAAUGUUCUGAUGAACCAGACACUCAGGCUGUGUCUAGUCAGAUACAAAGCCACAAUAAAAACAGUAAUGUAUAGGUUAAAGAGAACUUCUUCCCCUGCAGGUUGCCAUAUUGAAUUUACAUCACACUGGGUAUGGGAAGCUGAUAAACAUGAUAAAGACUUAUAUACCAGAUGUAAUUUAUGUGACAUAAAUGUGACAUAAAUAAUCAGAAAAUCAAGAGAUAAUAAUUUGGAUGGUGUUGAACUUAAUUAGAUUAUUGUUCAGUUUUAGCCAUGAUCUGACAUGUACAGCUGGAAACUGUAACUAAAGACACAGAGUCUAAAAAUGAGUAUUAAAAUCAUAUAUCCAUGUUUAAAGAGGAGCUGUACAGAACUACUGGUACAUCAACACAGAACAACUGAAAACUGACCAGUUUUAAAAUUAUUACUAUGACGGCAGUCAUGUUAGCAACUAGCUAUCAUGGUAUAUUCCAGCUAUGGUGGACCAAACAGAGUAUAUUACCAUAAAAUGUGUACAAAUCAUGAUAUUGAAAUUUUCUUGUUAGAUAAAUGUUGGUACACAGCAGCAGAACAUACCUUUGUUUUCUUCAUAAGUGUGAGGUAUAUUCAAAAUGGUGAUAGAAAAGUACAUCUAUUAUGAUAAUUAUCUCUUGAAAUAGAAACUGUUUACGUUUCAGGCCUAUCCAGGUCCCUCCAGCCCUGGUUAGGUAACUGGGACUCCUUUGAUUGUGCACUUUGUAAGUGGAGAUGAGGUGGUGCUUGUGGGUUACAGUGAAUCAUUCAAAUUAUUUUUUAUAGAGGAAAAUACAGUAGUCAUUUAAUACACUGUAGCUCUGUCAGUGUGGGUUGCCCAUUAAAGCAAAUAAGAGUAGCUGAUUUUACAUUCUGUCACUGGUUUGAAUAGAAUAUUUUUAUUUUUCUGUUUAAUAUUAUAUACUGGUUUAAGGAGUCACUUACGUCAAACACAUGCUUGAUGCUCGUCGCGUACAAACACUUGAAGUUAUCAGUUUUGUCGGACUGUUUAUUGCCAUGAAGGGAGUUGGAAAAAUGUGCCCUAUUCCUACUUAGUGGCAGUGAAAAGGUGUAAAUGUUUGAUUCUGCAUGCCAUCGUUGUGUAACAGAUAGGUACCUAGGUAUUAAAUGUAUUACUAAUAAUUAUAAUAGGGACAUUAUGGUUGAGUACUGUUUUGAUACCAGUUCUAACUAAGUUCACCACCAGCUAUAAAAGAUAGGUUUUGUGACCUUUCUUUCAAUGGGUUAGGCGUGUUUUGUCAAAGUCUCGGCAUGUUCUUUUUUUUUUUUUUUGCUUGUUUUCACUUUGUCUCUAUGAUCGGUGCUAGGCACUCAUUUCUGUAGUUUUCCUUACAUGCACUUCCCUAUGAUCAAAAGUCAGUCAUACAGUAUGGGGCGUUCUUAUCACGUUUCCCUUUUUCAAAAAGAUAUGAUCUGCUGUGCUUGUGACCACAUGAAUCCUCGAUACAACGUUGCACAGCAGUGAAAUGUUAAAUGCUGGCAUUGCACAGGUUGUUGACAGAGCAUGACACAGCCACUAGAUGGCAGUGCAAGCAAAACUUUUACUUUUUAAAGCUAGAAUCAAAGUUUGAAAUUUUGGACAGCUGUUCAGACUGUUUUGUUAUAUCCUGUGUACUACACUCCUGUGUGUAGAAAUUAAGACUCUGUGACGGUGGUGUAGUCUACUUAGCAAGAGUAUUAAUGUGCUCAUUUCAUCUCAUAGUUAAUUGUUACACAGUAAACAUGGAUGUCAUUCAAGAUACGUCUUUUUUUUUUUUUUUUUUUUUUACUUUUUGCACAGCAAACAGAUUGAGUCUGGGUAUAACACUGGAAAGAUAAGUUUAUUUAAUAUUGUGAAUACUAAAAAAAAAAAAAAAAAGAAGAAACUUUACAUAUCCAAGUUAAUUUUGUAGCAGGAACAGAGAAAAGGUGUACACAGUUUAUAUGUGCACAUUCAGACUACACCACUGCUCUGUGGAGUAUAGAUUUAAAGCAUAGCAUUUGCACACAAGUAUCUCACAUGAGGUGGAGAUACUAUGACUGUCUUUAUGUACAUCCACCUUCUCACUGAAGCAGGUGGACAUGUGGUGGUGCUAAAUAUGGACAAGUUGCUGAUGAGAUUGAUAUGUCGUAGCACUGGUAAAGCACUAAUAUGAGUUUUCAAGUUUUUUUUUUUUCCUCUGUGACAUCUUUAAUGAGCUGACCUCUUAAUGGUGUUUAGUUCUGUACAGACGAAACAUCUUUGUAUUUUUUAACUGUUUGUGCGCAAUCUGGUCUUUUUCUGUUGUCACUGUUGGUUUUUGUGACUUAAAUGUUUUAUCACUGUGCAAACAAAAAUGAACAAACAAGUUACUGAAAACACACUUCAAAAUUAUUACUGUUUUGUGGGAAAAUAAUUGGUGUCUCAUAUCAUAAAAAAUGUGUCAUGAUUUACGUUCAGCUGAAGGUUUUUCAAAUAUUGGUGUGUGUUGGCAAGAAACCUUAGGUGCUAUCAUUUGGUUUGGCGUUUUUCUCUUAUUUUGAAGAAAUCAUGUUAAGUAGUUCUCUGUACAACAAAUUUUUCAUGACAAACUACCUGGUGUUAUAAAGCAGUCUGAAGUUUUACUGCAACAAAUACUUAUCUAGAUAAGCACCUAAGAACUAGAUAUUUAGAUCUUUCAAAAAUAUUUAAUACCAUAUCUAUAACUAAAUGAAAGGGAAAAAAGUGGUAUUGCCAUUUUAUACUUAUGUUUCUUUAUUUGAUUUUAAUCCUCCUACCAGGGAGAAUUACAAUCUGAAAGAUUUGUUCUUCUUCUUGAGUUUAAAAGUUUGUUGAAAUUUGUGGUGGAUACCAUGGAUUUAUGGCAUGGAAGACUGACUUAGUGGAAGACAGAGCUGGUGUACAGCUGCUAUCAGCCUUUGUUUGGUUUAAGAGAAAUUAAAGUCAGAUGUCUUUAGGAAAGUCUUCGUAAUUAGGACCAUUUGCUUGGGUUGAUGAGAUUUGAUUUAAAGGCUUGAUAUUGUGAGAUAUAGGAAUGACUGAAUAAAAGCAAUGUUGUAAAAUAGGAAGAUAACAAUAAGUUUGUCAGGUUCUCUGAUGUAACAUAAUGGUGAUGGUUUUUAGUGGUAAUAAAGCUAGGUUUAAUUCCUGGGAGGGGAAAGUAUUACAUGCUUCCCUCCUCUCUAUGAAGUAUGUUCAUAUUGGACCAUUCUGCAGGACACGAUUUACACAAUCCAAGUAUUGUGCUAUUUAGGUAGAGAGGUUAAGGUAUGGGUUUUGAGGCUGGGAUGGUGGAUGGGCUUGUAACAUGUUUGAUGACCUAUACCUCAGAACAAUAAUUAAUAUUUCCUUGUUUUGUGUAUUUAACUGCAACUACAUCUUUCCAAAACUUUAACGAAGUGGUUUUGCUUGGCUAACUUUAAUCAUACUGUAACUGUAUGGCACAGAUAUUGUGAGAUUAAUUAAUUAGAAACUGCUUGAGCCAGAUGUUCAAAAGCAUUUGCACUGAAUGCAAUUUUGAAAGCAGUCACUUUUGGUUUGGUUUUUAGCAGAUCUGGUCAAGAUCAGUGUUCAGUGUGGUGAACAGAUUGUUAUACAGACAUGUUUAGGUGCAGGGUUAGACGAGGUUAAACGAGGGAACUGGUUACGUAGGUACAGGUAGGUUUGGAGUGGUACGUGUUUAGGUAUUACACUGGAGAUUUACUUUGAAGGUUACGUUUUCUAAAUAUAGGAAUGGUUAUAUCUAUUAUGGGUUUGGUGUAGUUAUGGGUAGGGUUAAGAGGAAGGAAGCUGGUUAGUAACUGAUGUGCUCAGCUGCCAUACAGUGGCUCAUCUAUUCCCAUCAACUUUGUUCCAUGCCAUAAAAUGACUGGAUCUAGCUGUAAUAUUUAUCAAACAGAAACCACAACAUUUUGGAGAUUUGUUUGUUUUCCAUUUCAUCCUCAGUUAGAUAAAGACAUUAGUUAUCAACAUCUUUAAAUGUCUGAAAUCCAGGGACUUAUAUUUCAAUAGGUUUUGUUUCACUUUGAGCUGUGCAUACAAUCAAAUACCUCUACUUGUCUCUGCAUCACACUCAAAAUAGUACCUGUUAAAACAAUGUUUCUGUAACUUUCAUUUUCUCUGUUGUAGCUGUAUUGACUGGUCUCUCUGCUUUAAUCUAAAGCAUUUAGCUACCCUUAGUUAAUAGCCUAUUGCUGUAAGAAAAUACUGUUAUUGUAAAUGUUUAUUUACUGUAAUAAUUAUGCAACAACAUUCAGCUUUUUGUGUUUAAUCAGGCAUUAAAAUAGUUUCCAUUAGGAGUUACAUCUGAAAUAAACUGAUGGUUUCAAACA